AGAUAUUUCAAAAGUUAAGACAUCAAAAAAUCAUAAUCAGUGUGAACAAACAAGCAGACGUUUAAGUGUUUCUUUUCUUUUCCAGUCAGUUUCGGUCAGCCUGCCCGAAUUCGCGGUGGGCAGGUUCAAACUCCAACGCAUCCAUACAUUCAUCCAAUACAUAACUGCUUCUCUCUAUACUUGAUCAACCCAACCAACCAGCAAACUCACCAUAACACCGCCGUGCAAGGCGGCGCGUGAGGAAGUUUCCGGUAAUCAGGAGAAGAAAUGGGUCAGAAUCAGUCUGGCUGUGGGAUGGGGAAGAGAGAAAAUGAUUUGUUUGCUUCUGCUGUUGCCAAUGGUGAGAUGGAGGUUGUUGAAGCUAUGGUUGAUGAAGAUGUGAAUGUGUUGGAUAGAACUAUUGGUCGUGCUAAGUUGUCUCCUCUUCAUUUAGCAGCUGCUAAUGGCCGGAUCGAGGUGCUUUCCAUGUUGUUGGAGCAGAAUGUUAAAGUUGAUGUAUUGAAUCGCCACAAACAGACGCCGUUAAUGUUGGCCGUGAUGCAUGGAAAGACCGGAUGCAUGGAAAAGCUUAUUCAAGCUGGAGCUAAUAUAUUAAUGUUUGAUUCUAUUCGUCGAAGAACAUGCUUGCACUAUGCUGCGUAUUAUGGUCAUGUAGAUUGCCUAAAGGCUAUUCUUUCAACUGCUCAUUCCACGCCGGUUGCAGAUUCUUGGGGAUUUGCCAGAUUUGUGAACAUAAGAGACGGAAACGGUGCCACGCCACUACACCUUGCUGCUCGUCAUAGACGGCUUGAAUGUCUUCAUUCCCUUUUAGACAACGGGGCUCUUGUUUGUGCUUCAACCGGUGGAUCUGGAUUUCCUGGAAGAACGCCACUACAUAUGGCUGCCCGCGGUGGUUCUGUGGACUGUGUCCGGAUGUUGCUUGCUUGGGGAGCAGAUCGCCUUCAAUUAGAUUCCUCGGGGAGAAUACCAUUCACAGUUGCUCUUAAGCAUAGACAUAGGGCAUGUGCGGCCCUACUCGAUCCUUCAUCAGCAGCUCCACUUGUUUGGCCGUCUCCGCUAAAGUUCAUCAGUGAGCUCAACCAGGAGGCCAAAGCCUUAUUGGAGAACGCCUUACUAGAAGCUAACAGGGAGAGAGAAAAAACCCUAUUAAAGGAGAUUGACACAUCUUCAUCUCCACUUCGUUCCGAUAGCAAAGACGAUGACAUUGUCUCAGAUUCCGACGAAAGCAAUAUGGAGUUAUGUUGCAUAUGCUUUGAUCAAGUCUGCACAAUUGAGGUCAAACCUUGUGGUCAUCAAAUGUGUGCUCAUUGUACCCUAGCACUAUGUUGUCUCAAGAAGCCCAAUCCGGCAACUGGUUGCACCACCGGACCGGCCUGUCCAUUUUGCCGAGGUGCCAUUCUUCAGUUAAUCGUUGCCCAGAUCAAGACUUGCAGCGAUACAGAAGUGGAGUCAAAUCCAACAAAAUCAAGGAGGUCAAGAAAAUCAAAUGUCAGCGAAGGGAGCAGCAGCUUCAAGAGUUUGUCAGCCAUUAGCUCAUUUGGAAGGAUCACUGGUCACAAUUCAGGAAAAAUUGAUACCGAAAAGCAAUGAGGGAUUUCUCAAGUCUUGAUGAUUGCUGGCGGAUUCUUUACUUCCAUUGACAUAUGAAUGGUGAUUUUACACUUGCUGUGGAAUAGCUACCUAUAGUAGUAAGCAUGUUAUUUGAAUUCAAUUUUUUCUCAUUGUCCGUAAGAUCACUAAGAUCAUGCAAGACAAAAGACGAACUAGAUUCUUAUAUUGUCUGUUUGAGUCAUUGUAAUACGAUUAUCGGUUAAACUUUGACAGACGGUUGCAUUUUUAUUUUACAAAUUAUAAAAUGUAAUUAUAGAUGAAACAUUCAAUUCUCUUGAGUGUAGUACUCGGUUUUCGCCUUCAUCCAAGCUGUGUGAGCGUCUGAUGACAUGUGGCUUGGAGUUUAUCAAUUCAACGCUUUUUGCGCUAGAA